UCGAAUUUUGGCGCAGUAAUGGCGUCGCCGCACAGCGUACUCCCUCUUUCGAUGAUCUGUUCAGUAAUAGCAUCGAAUCGAAUCGAAAUCCAAAAGGGACGCGAAAUAGGCAGUGCAAUCAACGACUGCGGUCAUCUCUUCAUUAUACUGCAAACUCGUGUUGUUCUCGAGCAUUCUUAUUCUCGUGUCUUGACCUGUGUGAUCAUCUGCACCCAUUUCUUUUUCUCAACUACCGGCGCAACAAGAAUUAUAUUACAAUGCAACCUCAAAUAAUUUUAUUGAAAGAAGGUACUGAUACAACCCAGGGGAAACCUCAGCUGAUAUCCAAUAUAAAUGCUUGCCAAAUGGUGGUGGAUGCCGUAAGGACAACUCUUGGCCCACGGGGCAUGGAUAAGCUCAUCGUCGAUCAACAUGGCAAAAGUACAAUUUCAAAUGAUGGAGCUACCAUCUUGAAGCUGCUAGACAUCAUACAUCCUGCAGCAAAAACUUUGGUUGAUAUCGCCAAAUCUCAAGAUGCUGAGGUUGGCGAUGGUACCACUAGCGUUGUUUUGUUGGCUGGAGAAUUCUUGAAGCAGGUGAAGCCUUUUGUGGAAGAAGGUGUCCACCCACGAAUAAUAAUAAAAGCGUUUAGGCGUGCGACACAACUUGCCAUUGAAAAGAUUCACUCUCUUAGCGUGAAAAUUGAAAGAUCCAAUGUGCAAGAACACAGAGCCCUGCUUGAAAAAUGCGCAGCUACAGCUAUGAGCUCAAAACUGAUUCAUCAACAAAAGGACUUCUUCAGUAAAAUGGUCGUCAAUGCUGUUCUUCAACUAGACGACCUUCUACCAUUAAACAUGAUCGGCAUUAAGAAGGUUGCUGGAGGUUCUUUGGAAGAUUCACUGCUAGUUGCAGGUGUGGCAUUUAAAAAAACGUUUUCGUACGCCGGUUUUGAGAUGCAGCCAAAAAAUUAUAAACCGUGCAAAAUAGCUUUGUUGAAUAUUGAACUUGAGCUCAAGUCUGAGCGUGACAAUGCCGAAGUUCGAGUGGAUAAUGUGGCUGAAUACCAGAAAAUUGUUGAUGCUGAGUGGCAAAUAUUAUAUCAAAAAUUGGAUAAAAUUCAUCAGAGCGGUGCCAAUGUCGUGCUCUCAAAAUUGCCAAUUGGUGAUGUAGCUACACAGUAUUUUGCCGACAGAGACAUGUUCUGCGCUGGACGUGUUCCCGACGAAGAUCUUAAGAGAACUAUGAAAGCAUGCGGAGGUGCGGUCAUGACUACUGUACAUGAUAUUAACGACGCCGUUCUUGGAAAAUGCGAGUCCUUCGAAGAGAAACAAAUUGGUGGCGAAAGAUUCAACUUCUUCGCUGGGUGUUUGAAUGCGAAGACGUGUACUUUAGUAUUACGUGGAGGUGCGGAACAAUUUUUAGAAGAGACAGAAAGAUCUCUCCAUGAUGCUAUUAUGAUUGUUCGGAGGACAAUAAAGAACGACGCAGUCGUUGCUGGCGGUGGUGCAAUAGAAAUGGAACUCUCACGUACACUGCGCGAUUACUCACGAACUAUAGCGGGGAAAGAGCAGCUCUUAAUCGGGGCAAUUGCCCGUGCCCUGGAAGUUAUCCCUAGGCAACUAUGCGAUAACGCUGGAUUCGAUGCAACGAAUAUUUUAAACAAGUUACGCCAGAAACAUCACCAGGGCCACAAGUGGUAUGGGGUUGACAUAAAUGCCGAAGAUAUUGCAGAUAAUCUAGAAGCGUGCGUGUGGGAGCCAGCUAUCGUCAAGAUUAACGCCUUGACCGCCGCAAGCGAGGCCGCUUGUUUAAUCCUGUCUGUCGACGAAACAAUCAAAAAUCCUAAGAGCGGUGGCGGUGAUGCUCCCCAAAUGCCCGUUGGCCGUGGCAUGGGAAGACCUAUGUAACUAUUUCUGAGAGAUAUCUUCCGUUUGGCCGAUUUUCCGUAAUUUCAUCUUUAGCUUUAUUUGGGAGGAAUCUAUGACCAUCGACCAAAUUAAUGCCUAUCAUCAAUAACGAAAGUCACCUUUAUUACACUAAUCAUAAUGAUGAUUUGCACACUUUCCGCGCGUCGUUUAUCCGCUAAUUAUAUGCUGAAAUAUGUUUUCAGAGAUCACAUGCAUCGUUCGUUCUGCUGUACCUAUAAUCCUUUUAUUUGUAUCACCUAAUUAUUUCAAUUAUAAAAAAAUAUUGAAUAUAA